AUGCAACCCGCGCUGAAUCCGGAUCUACGGUAUCCCGAUUACGUGUUCCUGAAUCGCUGGGCCAUACGGAAUCGAGACAUCCAGCGCGGCGACAUAGUCUGCAUCGUGUCCCCCAAGGUGCCGAAUCAGACGCUCAUCAAGCGAGUCGUGGGACUCGCCGGGGAUAUUAUAGGCACUCACGGAUACAAGAUCAGUGCCCUUCAAGUAUGGAUACAAUAUGUAGAAGUAAUUAUUGGGUGCCGGAAGGCCACUGCUGGCUGGAGGGAGAUCACGUUGGACAUUCUAUGGACUCUAAUACCUUUGGGCCGAUAUCUCUGGGUCUGGUAA